ACCAAGGGCAGUGAAGUUGUUCUUCCUCGACCACCGCCACUGCGCGCCCUGCAGGUCGCUACUGGCCUAUCGAUCGUCUAGGAUCUUAUUGAACCAUGGCGAACCAGUGCCAACCUUAAUUUCAACGCACAUUGCCCAAACUGUUGGCCACGUACGCAUCCAGAACGCUCAAAACUGUGCACGGAAGAUCGUCGGUUACUGCUGUGUCUCGACUCUUGCCCUGGAAUCGAGACACAAAGCGAUUUUCUGAAAUCCAUGCCCAAUCGAUAUUACUACUUACAGGUCAAUGCUUGAACUUCCUAUUUAGGCACCACCCGCGACGAGUCAAAAAAUUCGGUUGACUCGGUUACUCGGACUUGCUUGCAUCUACAAAUUCGCAAUAGGGAUCGAAUCUCUGGACGUAAAAGGUCAUCAGCUUUGUUGGCGACUGAUCAUCAGAACUCCAGCUCUGCCUAGGAACGGAGACUGGAGGGUAACUCGGACCGCCUCGACAGUGCAUGUAAAUCCGCAACCAUCAUUGUGAGCCUAGUAAGUAAUUAAUUGACCCUUGUUCCUUCAUCUUGGGUACCGGGUACUGGUUCCUCUCCGUACGCAAGUUUCGAGACUCCUUACAACCUUCACUCGUGUGCAGUAGCAAAAUACUGAGGUCUUUCACUCACGUCGGGCCGGUAGGUAACCUUGGGAUUGGUAACACAGGCGUGGUGUUCAUCCCUAUACACCCGCCAUCACAAAGUUGCCAGAAAUAGCCAACACCUCCAUCUUCCGAGUCUGAUGUAAAUGUCAUUGGUACCGGUGAUGACAACAUCUCUCUUUUACCUAGAAUUUGAUAGCUACAAGCGUUGUAGUACCACAGCCAUGACUCCUCGUCACAGCAAUUGUUCAACCAUGUCUCCCGGUCUCGUUAGAUGGGAGUUAUACUGGAUAUAAAAAGCUAGAGGACGGCAGUCUGGUCAUUACCCACCAACACAAUCACCCUCCAACACCCAAACUAUGAAAUUCUUACUCUGUUUGCUCAGCACCAUUGUCAUUCUUUCUUCCUCGAGUCUCGUUGCGACCUGUCUACCUACUGGAUCAUCGAUGCCUACGCUCGGCUCCGACGCCGGAACUAAUGGUGACGCUGCAACUGAAAGAGACAGAUCAUUGGGUGUGCGAUGCAAUGGGGACCCGUUCGGGGACUGCUGCGGCGAUUCGGGUGCUGGCUGUUAGUUUUAUUCACGGGCGCUUGCCGACGUGUGCAUGCGGCAUAAUCGAUUAGUACACUCGACCUUGACAGUUAAUAUGAAGUUUGGGGGAAUUUCCGACAAUUGGCGGCGGGGACGCUAUCUGUAGCCAGUACGUUCGUUAGACUUAUUUCUGAGAUUCUUUAUUUGUAGUUACAGUGUAUAGCUGCCACCUUAUCAUUAUAAAAUAAUAGGUUAUUUAUUCUA